AUGGGCAAUUUUCCCCUUCAAACUUGUCUCUUGUGGUUAGGAGCUUUGGGCGCAAUAGCUCAGUCGCCAUAUCGACCGGAAGAGCCAACAAAUGAAGCAACUAAUUAUGCGAAAGCAUGCCCAGAUUAUACGAAAUAUUCUACCUUUCGCCAUGGGCCAUAUUCCGAUGGACCUAUGAAUCUGCCAUUUCAAAGACCUGCAGAGCAAUGUCGGACAUUCUCCUCUCCUUUGGUGGAGAAGAUCAUCGAUGAUAUGUCACUUAAGAUGAUUAACAAAGACCUGGCGAGACUAUUCGAAAACGCUUUCCCUAAUACCCUCGAUACGACUGUACGAUGGCACGUUGAUGGAACUACAAAACAUACGGAAUUGAAAGCCAGAAGUGCGGGGGAUAGUCAGAAAUGGCAGGGAGCGCAGUCAUUCGUGGUCACUGGAGAUAUCAAUGCGGAAUGGCUCAGAGAUUCUACGAACCAAUUGCUUCAAUACCAGCCACUGGCAAAUAAAGAUCCAGCUAUCUUCAAUUUGAUACUGGGGGCUAUCAAUACGCAAGCAGAAUAUGUUAUACAAUCCCCAUAUUGCAACGCAUUCCAACCUCCUCCGCCCUCGAAGCUUGUCGCAUCGCAAAACGGACAGAAUGACAAUGUCCACCCCGCAUACGAACCCUCUUUCGUAUUCGAAUGCAAAUACGAACUAGAUUCCCUUGCUCAUUUCCUGGCUUUGGGAAAUACUUUCUACAACCACACUAAAUCAACCGACUUUGUUACCCCGCGGUGGUUAACCGCACUUGAUACUCUUCUUAUCGUCCUCGAACAACAAUCUGAAUCUAGCUUUGACUCCAAGACUGGUCGCUUCCAACGUAAUGCCUACACAUUCAGCCGUCAAACCGACCAGGGAACUGAAACUUUACCAUUAUCUGGCGUUGGCAAUCCAUUGAACCACGGGACGGGUCUCAUACGAAGCGCAUUUCGGCCUUCAGACGAUGCUUCGAUCCUAGGUUUCUACAUUCCCGCCAACGCCAUGAUGUCCGUCGAACUGAAGCGUACCGCCGAAAUUCUCAAAUUAGCCAAACGCACUGAUCUCGCUCAAACCUUAGAGAAGCGCUCACAAAGUAUCAGAGAUGGCAUCAUGAACCACGCCGUCGUACAACACAAAAAAUGGGGCAAAGUAUUUGCCUACGAGGUCGAUGGCUACGGUGGUCAAAUCCUCAUGGACGACGCCAACGUUCCCAGUCUCCUUGCCCUCCCAAUCCUCGGUUUCGUCAAACGCGACGACCAAAUCUAUAAAAAUACACGAAAAAUGCUCUUAUCCAAAGAGGGAAAUCCAUACUAUCUUGAAGGAAAAGCAUUUAAAGGCAUAGGAGGUCCACACAUCGGUCCUGAAAAUGCAUGGCCCAUGUCAUUAUUAUUACAAGCCAUGACUUCCGAUGACGAUACAGAGAUCAUGGAGUGUUUGAAUCUAGUGCUGAAAGCCAGUAGAUUGGGCUUGAUUCAUGAGAGUAUUAACGUGAAUCGUAUACAGGAAUAUACGAGGAGUUGGUUUGCAUGGGCAAAUUCGGUCUUUGCACAAACAAUCCUGGAUCUCGCGAAACGCAAACCGCAUCUACUGUUUGGAGAAGAUGCUGAUGCUUAUGAUAUUGAAGCUUGA